AUGAUCUAAAAAACUGAAUACACAGCUGAUGAAAUGAAAGAAAGGGAAUAUAGAAUUCAAAGUAAGCAUUUAUAAAUAAAUAAAGGAAUGGAAAAAUAGUUAUUUGAAAAUUAAUUUAGUAAAUAAUCAUAUCCAAAAAAAUAUGAUUAUACUUUGACAAAAGAUAAUCCUUCAGUUCCAAUAAAUUAAUUAGAUUAUAAAUCAUUUUAUUAAUCUUAUAUGCCUUUAGAUUAGAAAUAGAUAAGUUUAUAAAAUUAAUAACUUGUUUAAAAUAAAACCUCUUCAUUUAAAUUAAGCUAUGAGAAUAAUGAAAAAGAUUUAAGUUCUAAUAAAAAGCAAUAAUAAUUAUAAUAUAGAGAUAUUUUAUAAAAAUAAGUUGAAGAAAAGCAAAAUUAAUUAAAAUACCAAAAGGUAAAACAUGAAUGCACAGAUUUAUUUACAAAUAAUUAGUAAAGUCCUUAAGUUAAUAAAAUUAAUAGUUUAAGUAAGGCAGAAUAUUAAAAUUAUUUGUAGUAAUAAAUUUAAGAAAAAUAAAGCAAUAAUAAAAUAUAGUUUACUCCUCAUAAAAAUUAAUAACAAGUUGAAGAGAAUAAAAAUCAAAAUUCUAAGGAAUCAAAAGAAUUUUAAAUAAUUUAAAAGUAAUUAAAAUAAUAUUAGGAAGAAAAAAAUUAAAAGGAUCGUAAACUUUUACUUCAAUAGAAAUUUGAAGAAUCAACAGCAAUUCAUGAAAAAACUAAAGAAAAGGUAUUCUCUCCUGAAAAUCAUAAUAAAAAGAAAAAAUUUUAAGAGGAAGAUGAAGAAGAAAAAGCAAAAAAUCAAUAAUAGAAGAGUUUUGUUUCAAAAAUUUUAACAGAAUAAAUGUUAGAAAAAUAAAAAAAGAAAGAUGAAGAGAAAAAACAAUAAGAGACUGAAGAUAAAUUGGCAGAAGAAAGAUGGAAAAAUGAAAUUUAGAAGAUGAAAGAGGAGAAAAAAAAAGAAGAAGAAUUGAAAAAGGAAUAAUAAGGAAGUAAUUGAAUUAUCCUUAAUGAAUUAUUUAGAAAUUUAAUAGGAAAAUAUACGAAUGCAUUAAAUGAAACUUAAACAAUAAUAAGGGAGAAGCAGAAGUAAAUCAAAUACAUUUUAAUAAUCAAAGAUAGAGGAAGAAUUUAAAGAGGAAUUAGAGAUGAUAGAACAGGAGAUAAAUUAUGAAUAAUAGAUAUACUCAAAUAAUGAAUUUUAAGAAGAAAUCUACUAAUAACAAUAAUAGUAAUAAUAAUAGUAAUAGUAAUAAUAUUAGUAAUAGUAAUAAUAAUAAUAAUAAUAAUAAUAAUAAUUAUAAUUAGUUGAAUCGAAUAUUAAAUAGAGUAAAUCUUUCAGUUAUGUUGAAUAAUAAAAUUUAUAAUUAGAAAAAAUAAGACAUUAGAUGAUUGAAUAAUAACAAUAAUUGGAUAGAUAAAUUCAUGCUGCAAAAAAUUUGGCUUAAAUUGGAUUAUUAUAAGGAAAGAAAAGAAUAGAAAAAGAAUAAUAAAUAAUUUAAAAAAAUAAUAAUAAUAAACCUUUUAAUGAAGAUUAUGCUAUUUCACUUCUUAAUAAAAACUAAAGUAAAUAUGAUUAUGAAUUACCAAUUUUGUUCAAUUAAAAAAUUUAACAUGAAUAAUUGUACAAAGAUAAUCUCUUAGAUAAAGUUUAAUUAAAUACCUAAUCUAAAUUAAUUUAAAUAACUAAUCAAAAUUCUAAAAAUCCAUCAGGUUAUUUUGAAAAUUUUCAGCAAUAAUAAUAGAAUUAAAUUCGUUCAAAAUCAAUUUCUCAACACUCAAAAUAAAAUUAUCACACUUAAAUAUUAGAUUUAUAAAAAAGUAAAUAAAAGGAUGCUUUAAGCUAAUUACUUUAAGAGUAUCACGAAUGA